GCUACACACAGACUCUGAGCCAUCGCCAUUUUUGUUCUUGUACUUCUUGGCCUCUUUCUCUUCUCUUUUGUAAGCCCCACAACCACUUUCGUGACUCCCCAUGCUCCCCAUCAGCCAUUCACACCCCUAAAACCCCACUCUACACAUAGGAAUCUCGUGGAGAUUCCCCCUUCAAUCUUUCAGCCCUGUUGUGCUCCACCUUCAUAUACGUACAAAUUUUUGUAGCUAUUCAGCCUGUUCUCAUGUAUGAAUGUCUAUUUACACAUCGGAUUCACCGUCUGACGUGACCGAACUGCACAUUUUGUGUAGAAUUGGGAAUCAUCUGUUGGUCUCUGUCUCUCGCACUUUAUAUACUAUGCAUUCAGUUAUCAGUGGUACUGUGUGCUAAUUUGGUGAUACGCUGGCAAUACUUGACUCUGAAAGAACCCUAAAGAUAACUAAACUUUUCAAGAUCAUUAUCACAUCCAAGAAUGUCUACAGCGUCAGCUGAUUUGGCGCAAAACAACGAUAAUGUGAAAAGUAGUGAUUGUGAAAAUGAUUUUGAUUUCUCAAAGCUGCCACAUAAGCCAAGAAACUUGAAUAUGGAGAGACAAAGAUCUUUUGAUGAGAGAUCACUUGUUGAAGCAUCACCUCGAUACACACCAUGGGCAGAAAAUGGGCAAAGACAUAUAGACAAUGAGAGUGUUUUUUCACCAAGUAGAAGAUCAUCCUUCAAUACACCUAGAUCACUUUAUGGGUUUGAACCACACCCAAUGUUUGCUGAAGCUUGGGAGUCUUUGAGGAAAACCAUGGUGUACUUUCGUGGUAGACCAGUUGGGACUAUUGCAGCUCUUGAUAAUUCUGAUGAGAAAUUAAAUUAUGAUCAGGUUUUUGUGAGAGAUUUUGUUCCAAGUGCAUUAGCUUUCUUGAUGAAUGGAGAACCCGAAAUUGUCAAAAACUUUCUUCUAAAGACUCUUCGCCUUCAAUCAUGGGAGAAAAAAAUCGAUAGAUUUCAACUAGGGGAAGGUGUCAUGCCUGCAAGUUUCAAAGUUCUUCAUGAUCCGAUUCGCAACACAGAGACUUUAAUGGCGGAUUUUGGUGAGAGUGCAAUAGGCCGAGUUGCCCCGGUUGACUCAGGGUUUUGGUGGAUCAUAUUGCUUAGAGCUUAUACAAAAUCAACUGGAGAUAGUUCUUUAGCUGAAACACCUGAUUGCCAAAAGGGUAUGAGGUUGAUUCUUGCAUUAUGUCUUUCAGAAGGUUUUGAUACUUUUCCUACUCUUCUUUGUGCUGAUGGAUGCUCCAUGAUUGAUCGAAGAAUGGGUGUAUACGGAUACCCAAUAGAAAUACAAGCUCUUUUCUUCAUGGCAUUAAGAUGUGCUUUAGUUUUACUCAAACAAGAUGCUCAAGGAAAAGAACUUAUUGAUCGAAUCACAAAACGUCUUCAUGCCUUGAGUUUUCACAUGAGAAGCUACUUUUGGUUGGAUUUAAAGCAACUAAAUGACAUUUAUCGUUACAAAACCGAAGAGUAUUCUCACACUGCAGUGAAUAAGUUCAAUGUGAUACCCGAUUCACUUCCUGAAUGGGUUUUUGACUUCAUGCCAACUUUUGGAGGAUACUUUCUUGGAAACGUGGGGCCCUCAAACAUGGAUUUCAGGUGGUUUUGUUUGGGGAAUUGCAUUGCUAUUCUUUCAUCUUUAGCAACUCCAGAACAAUCAAUGGCAAUUAUGGAUCUUAUUGAAGCAAGAUGGGAAGAGUUGGUUGGAGAUAUGCCUUUGAAAGUUUGUUAUCCAGCUAUUGAAAGCCAUGAUUGGAGGAUUAUUACAGGAUGUGAUCCCAAGAACACAAGAUGGAGUUACCAUAAUGGUGGAUCUUGGCCAGUCCUCUUAUGGUUGCUCACGGCGGCAUGUAUCAAGGUGGGCCGCCCCCAAAUUGCAAGGCGGGCCAUUGAGGUGGCGGAGCUCCGGCUGGCGAAAGACGGGUGGCCGGAAUAUUAUGAUGGAAAGAGCGGCCGAUAUGUUGGAAAACAGGCUCGAAAGCAUCAAACAUGGUCAGUUGCUGGUUAUUUGGUGGCCAAAAUGAUGCUUGAAGAUCCUUCACAUUUAGGUAUGAUAUCACUUGAAGAAGAUAGACAGAUGAUGAAACCCGCUGUGAAAAGAUCAUCCUCUUGGACUUGUUGAUGUCAAUUUUUCCGUAUUUUUAUCGUAUUUGUAAGAUUCCGGGUACUUUCGUUAGGGUUUGUGUAGACAUGGGGAUUUCAGGUUUUAGAUUUUUCGGUAGAGAAUUUGAUUGUGGUUUGUAGAACUAGAAAUAGAUGCAAAACUUAUUCGUCUUGGUUCGUUUAAGAAGUCUAAUUUAGGAAAUACGUUGCAAGUUCAUUUGCUUAUGGUAUCGUUCGUGAGCAUCCAAGUUUUUAGAAUUAUAGAAGGGUCAAUCACUACGGUCACCAAAUUGGGAGGAGUGAAAACACAAAAUGAACACCUUUUGCGAAGUA